AUGAGCAAUGUCAAUUGCGUUUCGUUAUGCAACACGAAUACCCAACAACAACGUCAUCGUACAACCCCUGCACAAGUUCAAUAUCUUGAAGACUAUUUCACAAACACCGAUGAUUUCCCUGAUUCGAAUGAGAGGGAAAAAAUUUCGAUCAGAUUAAAGAUGCCCUCCAAAAGUGUUCAUAUAUGGUUCCAAAAUCGCCGCGCGAAACGCAAAAAUGAAGAAAAGACUCGUCAAGAACAAGAAGUCAUUCGUUUUUCACGUGUCAAUCCAACUCCUUCAACUACCUCUAGCAUAUCGUCUGUAUCUCGAAAUCACGUGCAAUACAACAAAUCUACUUCUUCCGCGCGGCAGGCAAUCACCCCAAACCGACAACUUUCACGACAGCCGCAGCAAUUAGGUCCUCGUCAAAAUAGCACCCAAGAUGCUGUUAUCCAUCAACGAAGUCUCUAUUCGCUCAGCGGUGUUGCAUGCAAGCCUCACCCUCUCGUGGAGGCCUCAUCCCAUUCACAAAGCGCGCAGGGGGGGAGACUCCCACCUUUAAGAAACGUCACUUCGGACGAUAAAAUUCGACCUGACAUACGCAUUGGAGAAGUUAUCGCUUUGCCGCCCCUGAGUGUCAUCUUAUCUAACAGAUUUCAAAAUUGCACUUGCGGUGUAAAUAGUAAUUUACACGUCAGCCAACCAUUUUCUCAUAAUCUCGGUUCGGUCUCUCAAAAUCCGUCUCGAUAUCCUUUACACUUAAAUCCCCUGUAUCCCGUAAACGCUUCAAGCUCCUUAAUGUGUUCACAUAUGCAUCAAUUUCAUCAUCGUCGUUCCUUUCAUUGUCAACCUUCGACUUGUCUGUCUGUUUCGUGUAUGACAUCCCACUCCAACACCGCAAUGAACGUUCUAGAAGAAAUGAGGAAAGAGGCUAAAAAGGAUAAAGCCGUUA